GCUGCAAAUUCUGGUGAUAAAUUUUCACUAAUUUUGCUAUAAAAGAACGAAUUUACUGCAAAAGCCGUCGUUUUGUCUAAAAGAAAAGCCAUGAACUGGUUUUUCCAUUUGUUUUGUGCAGUUUUUGGGAUUUUUUGUGAAGAAAAUUCUUUUACAAUUUAUUGGAAUGUUCCAACGCAUCAAUGUGAAAAAUUGAAUGUUUCUUUUAUUAGUCUUUUAAAAGAUUUAAAUAUCGUUCAUAAUAAAGAUGGAAAUUUUUCCGGAGAGAGUUUUACAAUCCUCUACAGUCCUGGUUUAUGGCCAUCAAUGGAGCAUAAGAAUAUAACAAAUGGCGGAAUGCCUCAGUGUGGAAAUAUGACGCUACAUCUUAAAAAACUGAAGGAAGACGUUGAGAAAAAACUACAAGUUAACUAUUCCGGUUUAGCUGUGAUUGACAUGGAAUCCUGGAGGCCGGUCUUUCGUCAAAAUACCGGAUGGAUGAUUAAAUAUCGCGAACUGACUUUUAAACAAUUUAAUAAAACUUUAGCAGAUGAAUUUCAAAAGAAUCAAACAAACACCACAUUGAGGAAUUAUCUGAUCACUGAAAGUGCUAAAAUAUUUGAACCACCUGCAAGAUAUUUUCUCAUGAAUAGCACCGAUUUAGUGAGGAAAUUAAGGAAUGAGACUAAGUGGGGAUACUACGGCUUUCCUUAUUGCUUCAAUAUGGGCGUGGCAGCCAAUGCAAGGAAUGAAAGUUGUCCAGAUAUUGUAAAAGAAGAGAAUAAUAGAACUGACUGGCUAUUCAAGUCGUACGAUUACUGGUUCCCCUCUGUUUACAUUACAAAGAUAAAUUUUACUUGCGAACAGCGAGGGCAGCUUGUUCGAGGACGCGUCACUGAAUACGAAAGGCUCCGGAAGGAAUUUAACCCAAAAGCUAAAAUUUAUCCGUACGUUUGGUUUCUCUACAAUCUCAGUAAUGAAUAUCUGAGCAAGGAAGAUUUGGAAAUGUCUCUGAAAAUCCUCAAAAUGGGGAAAAUGGAUGGAGCUGUAAUUUGGGGAUCAAGUAAGAAUCUCACAAAGGAAUGUGAGUGCAAAGAUCUUUAUGAUUAUGUCAAUGGAACCAUGAGAACAGUCCUUAAACGACUUGAAAAUCCGGAAAACAAUAUAGAAUGGAAUGGUUCCUGUCUGGAAACUUCUGAUGAAGCAAAGUAUUUAAAAAAUUGUACGGACAAAAUAAUGAAAAUUCAGGAACUUCCGGAAAGAUUUUGAGAAAUAAAAUUUGCAGCGAA